UAUGUAGUUCAAAUGGGACAUUUGCAGAUUUGCAGUAGGUGUAAUGAACUACAAUCUUAAAUAACAAUUUGUGGUUAUAUUGCUCGUGUUUACUAUUUAAAUUUAUAAAAAAGAUGCUUUCCCAACAGUUUAGUAAAUACCAUUUACUUAUUACACCUUUAAAAAAUCGAUUUAAAGAAUAUCUUAGUAAAUCUUUGUGCUCCAGUGUGGUACCCGACGCUCCGUCUGGGUCCAUCCAACCUCAAAAGAAAAACGUAAGUAAGGCCAUGAAGGCCUAUUUACAGCGAGCUGAAGAGCACGAAGCGUUUAUGAACCAAGAAAGACACGAGUUUCAGCUUGGUAAACGACAUUUAGCGAACAUGAUGGGCGAAAACCCAGACACUUUUACGCAGGAAGACAUUAAUAAUGCAAUUGAGUAUUUAUUUCCAUCUGGACUGUAUGAUAAGACGGCUAGGCCUAUAAUGAAACCGCCAGAGGACAUAUUUCCUCAGCGGAAAGCCGCCGAAUUCAACGAAAUGGGAAGACCACAUCACUACUUAUUUUACACAGGCAAUCCUAAUUAUUAUAAAAUGCUAUAUGAUGCCGUUGAGUAUAUGAAUUCGUUGAUUAAAUUUGAAGAUACGAUGAUAAGGAAAAAUCUUAAGCCCGAUGAAAAUUUAGCAUUAGAACUGAGUGGAUUUCAGCUGCUUGAAAAACAGGAAUUGGAAAAUAAGUUAAUGGAAGAAAUAAGUGACAAACAGUAUGAAGCUUUUGCGAUUACAAUGGAGAGGUUGUGUCACUUUCCGUACAGUUACCGUUUCAAAGACUUCAUACUUUCAUAUCGAAAAUUGCUAAUGAGGCAAAGCGAAUCGCAUGAGAUUCCCAAGUUGCAGUACGAUAAAGAUGGUAGGGCCUACAUUACGACAUACGAAUGUCUCCGGAAACGUGCGAGGGGUCAUGUCACACUGAGGUCGCCUGGUGUGGGCGAAGUGAGUGUCAAUGGCCAGGAUCUUAAUUAUUUCAAGGAUCGGCAAAGCAGAGAACAGGAACUCAUCGUCAUCAUGUUACUGUCUUCUUUUAAUCAGGAAUAUUUCUACCAGUUGCAGUUCAAGUUUACGGUCACUCAAAAUUGUAUCGGACGACAGCAAAUGUCGAUGUCUAAAAAAAUUAUUUUCGCACAGUCGACCGCUUUAACACGUUCAUUCUUCUAG